UCAGGAAUUCUUCCUGAUGAAUCUACUGAUGGUGAAACAGUUUGUUUUUACUAAUGUCUUUUUUUUUAAUAGUAAAUUACAAAAUGUCAGGUCGUUUUCGUAUGUCAGAAGGUGAUUGGAUAUGUGAUGAUAAUGAUUGUCAAAAUGUAAACUUUGCUCGGCGUUUAAAGUGUAACAAAUGUGGAAAAGAUAAACCAUUUGUUUCAAAUGGUGGCCCUUUUGUAAAAAAAGCACAUGAGGUUGGAGAAAAGUUUGCUGAAAAAAGUCAUGGUUUGUUUAGUGCUGAUGACUGGCAAUGUAGCAAAUGUGGUAAUGUUAAUUGGGCACGUAGAUCUACAUGUAAUGUUUGCAAUGCCCCAAAGGUUGGACCUGAAGAAAUACGAACAGGCUAUGGUGGAGGUUUUAAGGAAAAUGAUAACAUAUCUUAUAAAGAAAAAGAAGAUUCCGAUGGAGAAUACGAUGAGUUUGGAAGAAAAAAAAAGCAUCUGAGAGGUCAAAUACCAUACGUAAAGAGUGUCAUAGAUUCACCUAACAAAGAAAAAGAGGAUUUUGAAAAAAGAUCUUUCAAAGAUCAAAAAGAUGACAAUGAAGACGAUGAAGAUGAAGAUGAUGAAGAUGAAGAUGGAGGUGUUGAUGUUUCAGCAUAUGAUUUAAGUGAAUCAGAUGAUGAAGAAAUCCCAAAAAGUACUGAUAUAUCUAAGAAACCAUUAAAAAGAUCAGCAGAAUUGUAUAAAGACGAAAGCAAGAAAAUAAGAAAAGAUUUGGAUGAUAACGAGUAGCUACCAAUAGCCAAAUGGAGUGGUACAAUGAAUAAUGGCGUGCAAAAGGAUGAAAUAUGAUUUAUAUAUUUUUAAUUAGAAAAAAAGUAUAUUAACUUUUU